AUGUCCGCGCCUGCCGUGAGGAUCUUUUCGAAGCGCGUCGUGCACUGCACCCUACCCCAGCGACCAUUGCUUCGGACUCGCGGCCCACCACUUCGGGCACACUGCCAGAAAGGCCUCUACCAUACUGACCAGCGAGGUCCACCACGACUGCCGCGCGUAACACGUGGAAACAGCCCAAAGCGCUCGGCGAUCGGCCCUCGGACCUUCCUGAUCGCAGCUGUCGUCUCUUUCGCAGUCGCAUAUGGUACGCUAAGCUGGAACACUAGCAAGGACGACAGGCAGCAAGAUACAGAAGAGCUCCAGUCAAUCGCGCUCAGUGCGCAGGACAUCCUCAGCCUCGAUCUUGUCAUGGCGCCACAACAAUUACCCGGCAGACCCGGGAACCUGACUCCAGACCAGGAAGCAAAGCUGAAAGAGAUGUGGGCGCAAACACUGGAUCUCUUUGGCGUGUCAGACGAGCACGAACACACAAAUGGAGUGGCCCCGUCUUCAGCAUCCAUCUCCAAUGACAGCCCGGAAAAGAAGAAGAAAAAAGGUCUGAUGGGCAGGUUCAAGAAAGACAAAGCAGACAAGGAUGGCGAUGCGGCUGUGGGUGGGGUCGACAAUGACAAGCACGGCCAGGUGAAGGAGUAUGAGCAGGCCCUGUCGAGCAUGACACCUGAGUACAUACGGGAGGCAUUCUGGGGGAUGUCCAAGCAUGACCACCCUGAUGCGUUACUGCUGCGCUUCCUGCGAGCGCGGAAGUGGGACGUGCAUGCGGCGCAGGUUAUGGCGCUUUCCACCUUACAUUGGAGGCUGAAGGAUAUGCAUGUGGAUGAUGAUAUCAUGAUCAAGGGCGAGGAGGGUGCUUUCAAGGAGUCAAAGAGCUCCAAUGCUGCAGAGAAGAAGGAAGGCGAAGACUUCUUGGCACAACUCCGACUGGGCAAGUCGUUCUUGCAUGGUCUGGACAAGGAUGGCAGGCCUUGUUGCUACGUACGAGUACGACUACAUCACGGCGGCGAACAGAGCGAGAAGGCCUUGGAACGGUUCACAGUAUACACGAUAGAAACAGCCCGAAUGAUGCUGCGGCCCCCAAUCGAUACGGCUACGGUUGUGUUCGACAUGACUGGGUUUAGCAUGGCAAACAUGGACUACACCCCCGUCAAGUUCAUGAUCAAGUGCUUCGAAGCGAAUUACCCAGAGUCCCUCGGCAGUGUCCUGGUCUACAAAUCACCUUGGAUCUUCUCGGGCAUCUGGAAGAUCAUUAAGGGCUGGCUCGACCCGGUCGUGGCAGGAAAGGUACAUUUCGUCAGCAACGUGCAGGAGCUUGAAGCAUUUGUCCCGCGGACACAGAUACCCAAGGAGCUGGACGGUGAUGAGGCUUGGCAGUGGUCGUAUGUGGAGCCGACAGAGGGCGAGAAUGCGAUUAUGGAGAAGACGCAAGAACGGGAUCAAAUACUUUCCGAACGCAAAGAGCUUGUCGAGAGCUACGAAAGCGAGACGUUGGCGUGGGUCAACGGCGAGAGUGGAGAGGGUAGACAUCGCAUCGCGCAGCGGAUGGCAGAGAACUACUGGAAGCUCGAUCCCUACAUCAGGGCACGAUCGCAGUACGACCGCACAGGCGAGAUUGGACAGGACGGUAGAGGAACACUGAACUUUUACCCAAAAGCAGCAGCGGCUACAGCAGGAUCAAACGAUGAUCUCGAUUAA